AUGGGAAACUGCUUCUUUGGGGCCAUGUCAGAGCCUGAUGCAGCCAUCAAAGUGAUAACAUCAAACGGUGGCAUCAUGGAAUUCAGUGCUCCAGUAACCGUGAGUUUCAUCACCAACGAGUUCCCAGGGCAUGCCAUAUUCAGAAGCCACGACCUCUUUUGGAAACCACUCAGCCAAUUCGAAGAGUUGGAGGCAGGCCAAUCUUACUAUCUGCUACCACUCAGCAACAACAACAACAACAACAUAGAUGCCCCAUGUGAUGUUGGUGUUGGUGAAAAUGUAAACGUUGUGAGACAAGGGCAUGUUAGAUCUCACAGUGUUCCUACAACCUCCUACCCUGCCUUGUAUAGAAUGUCCUUGGACUACCAGCACCACCAACAGGGGAUGGGGUUGCUGAAGAGAUCCUCCAUCGAAGCCUUCUCUAGCAGAAGCAGUGGUAAUAGUAGCUGCAACAUUGGCGGUGGUGGUGGUAGCGGUAGGUUUUGGAAAGUGAAGCUUGUGAUCACCCCAGAACAGUUGCUUGACAUUUUGGCACAAGAGGCUCGCACGAAGGAGUUGAUAGAGAGUGUAAGGAUGGUAGCAAAAUGUGGGGUUGGUGGUGGUAUUCCAUCUUCAGCUGCAGGUAUGAUUUCUGAUCAGUGGAGCCUUUCCAGCACCAGUUGGAGCAUUUCCUCUAAGAUUGAUGCUUUAGUAGGCAUUUAA